AUGAAUGGCACAUUGCAGCCCGUGGAUGACGUGAAGGAGGCCAUCCUGCACGACAUCGGCGAUGUCGGGUUUCAAGUGUUCGAUCAGAACGACACCACGAAAGUCAGCGAAGAAUUCUGGUUUGAGAGAGUUAAGCUGGUUGUCAACAAGCGCCACAUUGUAACUGCAAUUUCAACAUUCUUCGGUGGAUGUUUCUCAGUUGCCAACUAUGAUAUUGAAAAUUACAAGAUUGCUAUGGGUCUCUUAGCAUCCAAUUUUCCAAACUUGAAACCUGAUGAGUCCCUAGGGGCUCCUUACAGUCAUUCUGUGCCUUAG